AUGGCUAAAGAAGGAUCUGACUCUGAGAUGUCAGAGGAAACUCGACAUAUGAUAGAUAAACAGAUCAGCAAAGAUGAACACGUGGAGGCGUCUUGUGAUGGCAAAGAGAUGCGCGUCGUGAUAUUGUCAGGCUUUGGUGGUCUCAACAAACUCAGGGUUACUAACAAAGCGAUACCCGAACUAGCGGAUGGAGAAGUGAAGAUACGCGUGAAAGCAUGUGGGUUAAAUUUCUUGGAUCUCAUGGUGCGUCAAGGAACAAUUGACAGCCCUCCAAGGCCUCCUGUGGUACCUGGCUUUGAGUGUUGUGGAAUAAUAGAGUCCAUGGGUGAAAACACAGACGGAUUUGGGAUUGGUGACAGAGUAAUGGCAUUUGUGAACUACAAUGCAUGGGCAGAGGUUGUGUGCACAUCAGUCGACUUUGUUUACAAAAUGCCUGAUGACAUGAGUUUUGCUGAAGCUGCUGCAUUCUCCCUGAACUACGUCGCUGCAUACAUGAUGCUUUUUGAAGUGGCCAAUUUACGAGAGGGGAUGUCGGGUCAAGCUGUGGCUCAGCUGUGCUCCACUGUUCCCAAUGUGUCAGUUUUUGGGAUAGCAUCAUGUUUCAAACAUCCAUCCAUCAAAAACUCUGUGACUCACCUCUUUGACAGGAGUGCAGAUUAUUUACACGAGGUCAAAAUGAUUUCUCCUGAGGGAGUGGACAUUGUGUUGGAUUGCCUGUCCGGAGAAAACACAGGAAAAAGUCUAAAUAUAUUAAAGCCAUUGGGUACAUACAUCUUAUAUGGCGCAUCAAACAUGGUAACUGGGGAGACAAAGAGUUUCUUCAGCUUUGCAAAAUCUUGGUGGCAAGUGGAAAAAGUGAACCCUAUUAAACUUUUUGAAGAGAACAAAGUCAUAGCAGGAUUCUCACUGCCUAAUCUGCUCUUCAAGCAGAGGAAAUGUUCUUUAGUGAAGACAAGGUGUGCUACUGUGUGUCUACCUCUGGACUCAGGCAUGGCACGUCUCGCCUUCCCAGUCUUUCUUGUCCUCUCUUUCUCCUUGCUUCAUGUGAACUUUGGGCAACCACCUAGAACCAGAAAAAUGUCAGCUCGUCAAGCUGUUGCUGAUGAAGAGGACGUAAAGUCUCAGCUUGAAAAAUUGUGGCUUGAGGUGAAUUCACUUAAAGAGAUGCAAGCAUUACAAACAGUUUGUCUUCGUGGGAUCAAGGCUCACAGAAAAUGCUAUCUCACUGUUGAAGUGCCCAAACAUUACCAUGAAGCAAAUGAGGACUGUAUUGCACAAGGAGGAACCCUUGCAACUCCAAGAGACAUGAUAGAAAACCAUGAGCUGAGGGACUAUGCAAAAAAGAGUGCACCGGGAACCAAAGAUUUUUGGAUUGGAGUAGCAGAUAUAGUGAAAGAAGGGCAGUAUAUUGAUGUCAACAGCCAGCCCAUCACCUACUUCAACUGGGAUCGGACCAAAAAGCAGCCCACAGGGAACAAGAGGGAGAGCUGUGUGGCGCUGUCAGUGGCUGCCCAAGGAAAGUGGUAUGAUGAAGUGUGCCGCAGUUUGAAAAAGUAUAUUUGUGAAUAUAUUAUUCCCUAA